AUGCUGCAGACCGCGACAAAUUCGAACGUGCUCCCGCUGAGCGGCGGCCGCAGCGCGCUGAACCAUGGCUAUUCGAUGCACACUCUCGCACGUAAGCGCUUCGCGGAGAACACGUCUGCCUUAGCGGUGACAGUCGGCUUCGUGCUGCCGGUGCUGAACGGGGUAAACAAGCAGCUGGAUAAGCACGUCGACGCCGGCACAGAUGUGUCCAUGGAUGAGCUGCUGCAGAUCUUCGCCAACUCUGGCAAGGACGCGGCGGUGCUGUACGCUGAUCGCCUGGCACGCAUCGGCUGUCAGACGGCCAUGGCCUGCGCGCUCAUCGAGAGCAAGUCCGCCUACGGGAAUGCCGCCGUAUACCUGUGGGACCUGUAUCCCCGCCUUCACCAACGGUAUGUGGGUGCCGUGCUCAGCUGGCUGCGCAUCCCCGUCUUCGUGAGCAGCCUUCUGGGCCCGAAGCCGACGGCGCAAGACGUAGCCUUCCUGCAAGCUCGCGUGUCGUGCGUGUGCGCCUUCGAGGACAGCCUGCGCCGUGACACCAUCACGCUGUUUGGCGACCUCCUUGUUGACACGGCGCGCAUUAUGAUGCGCCGCGAUGUCGAGAACCCGACCGAGGCCAUUGCUCGGCAGACAGUGCUGCGCGUGACUGUCACUUUGGUCGGCGCCAUUGGUGCCGGCGUGGGUCGCGCUGCCAUUGGAGAGCGCGGUGAGUACUGGGGCAACAUUGCAGGCACGAUGGCCGGGCCUGCGAUUGCGGUGCAGCUGUGGAUGGUAGUGCGGAAGUUCCGCGUGCUGCGCCCACGCCGCUCCACUGACGGCAGCAAAGGUCACCGUCACCGUCACGGCACGUCUGAAGGCUCGAGGGCUGCUGCCGCCUCCGCCGCCGCCGGCGCUGCACCUGCCACGGCGUAG